ACCAAUCUUCCUCACCAAAAAGAAAAAGAAAUCUUGUAGAAGCCUAUCUUGUGACAUGGAAAGGAACUCACGAUACACUGUUAGUGCAAAAACAAAUCAAUUUUUCAUGCAUGAGUCUAUAUUUGUAAUUAAAAAUAAAUAUAUACGAAAAUAAAAGAAUAGAAGGAUAGACAUUAAAUGUUCAUAGUGACUAAGAAAUAGUUUAGUAGAAUAGUUAGGAACAUGGCUUUGAGGUCAGAAAAACAUGCGCUACAGCCCCUCUUCCACUUCCCAGACAUGUGACCUUGGGCAAUUUCCUUAGCCUCAAAGUCCCUGUUCCUUUAUGUGUAUGCUAAGGGAGAUGUAAGACUUAAGUGCGGUAAUACAGAGACAGUGUGCAGCACAUAUUGAGUGCUCAAUAAAUGUCCAUCAGUAUGCUUGUGGUUGUGCUGGGUUCCAAACUGGCUUAUGGAUUUUCCCCUGAAUUAACUAUCUCUUUGUGUCAAUCAAGAAACAUAGUCAUGCUAAAAAUAAAUAAAUAUUAAGGAAUGUUUACAAAGAAAAAUAAGGAAAGUGAAAUUAAUAAUCAAGUAGACAAUGGGCUGUAGGAAGAAGUAGGUUCUAGGAGGGCUUGGUCAAGGGAGGUCUCCUGGAGGUGCUUCACGUUUUAAAGAUUAGGGGGACAGGGAGGAGGUGGAGAGCACCUGGAAGAAGAGAUGGGAGAGGCCACUUCUACCUGGACUCCCGGGAUUGUUAAGAAAAAUGAAAUGAGAGCAGAAUCUUGCCUAACCCAGUCUCACUCCCUGACUUACUUACUCUUUCCCCUUUUUCUUGUGCUUGUAGCUAUUUUUCUCAGACACCUGACUAUAGAAGUGGAUGUUCAGCCACCUCAUCUUCUUCUACCUCCUUCAUCAUAGUUUAGAUGGUUUCAUGCAACUGAAGAUGGUUAUAAUAAAAGACUGUAGAAAGUCAAAUAUCUCUGCUAUCUACUACUGCAUUACGAACCAUCCCAAAACUCAGUAGCUUAAAACAACAACAAUCAUUUAUUUUGUUAAAAAAUCUGCCACUGGGACAGAGCUCAGUGGGGACAGUUCACAGAGUUUAGCCAGAAUGCAGGAUUCACAUCCAACGUAGCUCCCUCAAGUGGCUAACAAGUUGGUGCUUACUAUUGACUGGGAGCUCAGCCAGGGCUAUUGGCCAAGGGCCCAACUCCUCUCCACACAGCCUCUUCUAAAGGCUGCUUGGGCUUCUUUACAGAAUGGCAGCCAGGUUCUACAGAAGAGUGGAAGAAUCGUGGAAGUGGCUUGUCUGUCAAGGCCUGGGUCUAGGAACUGGUAAUACCACAAUUCUGGCAUAUCCUACUGAUCCAUCAGAGAAUCUGUAAUAAUUCAGGAGGAAUACACAUAAAUGCCAUCUCUCAAUGGGAGAAAUGUCAAGGAAUUUACAUUUAUUUUUAAUCUAUCGUGGCCUACUUUUUGGCCACAGAUUAUUUCAAUUUCUCCCUUACGCAAAAUAUACUUAUGCCCUGCCAAGGGCCCCAAUAAUCUUAUCCAAUUAAGGCAUCAACCUGGAGUCCAGGCCCUCAUCAUCUAAAUCAGGCAAACUAUGGUCUGUGGGCCAAAUCUGGCCAUGCCCACACAUUCCAUGGCCCCUUUCCAAGUUCACAGCCAGCAAUGGCUGGGCCAGUCUUUUUAAACAGUGCAUCCCUCUGACUCUGACCCUCUUAGCUUCCUCUGUCACUUAUAAGAACCCUUGUGAUUAUAUGGGGUCCACAUGGAUAAUCCAGAAUUAUCUCUCAUCUCAGGAGCUUAGACUUAAUCCCAUCUGCAAAGUCUCUUUUGUCACGUAAGGUAACAUAGUCAUGGGUUCCGGGGAUUAGGAUGUGGACAUCUUUGUGCUCAUUAUUUUUAUUAUAUAUAUUAUAUCUUAUAUAUUAAGGUCUCCUCUUAUUUUUUUACUUCUCUGUCCCUUUCAGUCCAAGCCACUACAAUUCCUUUAAAAGUGUUUUACCUUCUCAAUUUAUAAUCCAUUUUAUUAGACAAAAAGACACCCUGAAUUUCUUUCAAGACAGCCCUCUCUCCCUUGAGUCACCUGUGGGACAAGCCCUUAAAGUUUUUUAAAGGACCUAUUAGGCAUGUCCAGAAAUCUGUCUGAGGUCUUAAAAUAUUCCACAUUACUUCAGGCAACAGUUUUGCUAAUCUUCCCACUGCUACACAACAAACAUCAUUUUUUUCUCCAGUUUUCAAUGGCAUUUUCCUCGCUGUCCUUCAAACUCUCACCCUCAAACUUUCAGAGCCUUCCAACUCCCACCUGCCACCCAUACAUGUUUUGAGCUUUAGUUACUGUAGCACCUCACUCCUGGUACCAAAGUCUGUUCUCAUUUAUCUGUUACUGCAUAACAAACCAUCCCAAAACUUUGUGGCUUAUUUUGCUCAUAAUUCUGCAAUAUGGGCAGCACUCAGCUGAGAUGGUUUACUCUGUUUCAUGUGGCUUAACUGCAGCUGGAAAACACAUUUCCAGGAGGCUCACUCAUUUGAUUGGCAUGUUGAUGCUGGCUGUCAGCUAGGAACUCAGCUGGGGCUGUCAGUGGGACCCCAGUUCCUUUCCACAUCAGCCCUUUAGUGGGGCUGCUUGGAAUUUCUCACCAUAUGAUGACUGGUCUGCCAGAACAAGUAUUCCAAGAGACAGGAAGUAAAAGCUGCCGGUCCUCAAGACAUAGAAGAGGAUGGAAAUGGGCACAACUCCACUGCAUUCUAUUUUCUCUUGGCCAAGCAAUUACAGAGCCUACCCAGAGUCAAAGGGAGGGAACACAGACCACACCUCUCAAAGAGAAGAACAUCAAAGAAUUUGCAGUCAUUUUAAUUUGCCCCACCAAUGAGCUAUUGUCUAAUUGUUGCUGUCAUAAUUUCACAUCUACCCACUCCCAUUCACUAUGCAUUCCCGAUGAGCACAGCCUGAGUGGUAUACCAGACACACCAGGGCUCCAACAUCCACUCAGAACCACAGGCACGGCACAUCCCUGGCCCAGGUUCUGCCUCCCUCCACCUCUCUCAUUGUGUUAAUUCUCAGCUUGGGUGAUAUCCUUUUUGGAUGGGAGCUCAGCCAUGAACACUGACCAUGAGUCUUGCGAAGAAAAGCAUGAAUCCCAGCCAGAGACAGAAUCAAGAGGCACCCUGGUGACGGACCUCGGCCUUCCUUCGGAGGCUUCCAGCCACUCAGAUUCAACAAUCAAAUCUAUAAAGUUAAUGAAGUGUACUAUUCGAGACCCAAACCAGCAAGUUCUUGUCCUAGAAAAUGGGGUCCUCAAAGCAGUUCCAGACAAAGGCACCACAACCCCAGAGACCUUUUAUAUAUCAACUUCACAAUUAAGUACAACUAGUAUCAAGAAAGAAAAUCAUAUUUUUUUGGCUGUCUCUAAAGGAGAGCUCUGUCUCCACUGCGACACAGUCAAAGAUCCAGAGCAUCCCUCUUUGCAACUAAAGAAAAAGAACAUCAAAGAACUGAACUCACUGAACAGUAAGGAAAGUCUGCCCUUCACUUUCCUCAAGGAACAGAUUGGCUCCUAUUUCACCUUGGAGUCAGCUGCGAAUCACGGAUAUUUCAUCUACACCUCCAACAUUCCCAGGCAACCUGUGGGAGUGACGAAAGAUCUAGGGAAAGAAAAAAACACACAAUUUGAAUUUGAAAAUAUCAGUGUGAAUCUCAGUGUAGUACAAGAUGGAGUAUACAAACUAACAAUGGCCAAACCAUGCAUGACAAUGGAACUCUAACUCUCAACUUCUGUAGUAAUUGCCCAGAAUCAAGAUUUGGUCAAUAACUGACAACUUUUCUACUUUUAUCCCCACUUCCAACUCAGGACCAAUCAGAAAAAACCAACUAUGCUCUCCAAACCAAUCACAGAGGAUGCCCCGCCUCUAGCUUCCUCAGGCCAACUCCAAUCAAAGCACUCCUGAAGCCCUCCCAUCUUGGCCACCAUAAAGCUUUCCCACUCCUCUCCCUGCCUAUGAAUCACUGCCAAAUGCAAGUGAUGGUGGCUGACUCUUUUGCUAGAGCCAGCUCUGAGUAAAGAGAUGCUGCUUGUUCUCAUUUGAGUGGUCUUUGUUUAUUUCCAGAGAACAGCAAAUAAGAAAAUAUCUUCUCCCUAUAACAUGUUGUCUUCACCCAGCAAGCACAUGGGCUUUGUUUUCAGUGUCAUUUGUGCCUGUAAAGUGUAUGUAGUUUGGGAUAUAAAAAGUACAGUGUGGUUAAUUACAAACUUCUACGCUGAAAUAAAUUUCUGGGGAGCGAGGA